UUUUACUUUUCAAGACAAGUUCUUCAGACACAUGGUUAUAAUUUACAAUUACACUCAUCUUCUUCUAUUUCUUACUUCUUCAAUGGUUUCUGUGGAAUAUAAUACUUCGUCGGAACAAAGGGAAGCGAAGAGUUGAAAAGCAAGAAUUCCGGGUAGUCGGAGUAAAGAAACAGGGAUUCCAUUUCCUUUUGGAGAAAGUCGGCGUCCGUCUUCGUUCCCGUCUGGUGUCAUCUCAGCCAGCCAGCCAUCAGCCAUAAGUCAUCACGUGGCUUGGUAUUUUUUCAUCUUGCGGAACUCAUCAAUCGCAUAAAUAACAAUCCUAGGAUAAAGGCCUAGUCGGUCUUACAAACUGAAUGAAUGGGGUCAUAGCGUUGUUCAACGUCCGCACUUCCGCCCUAUCCCUUUCCCAUCAUGCGGUUUCCCUUUCGAGCCCGCAGGCGCCAAGAGUCUGUCCACGACUAUAUCGGUGUCCUAGUUCCGCUCGAGGAGGCGCACUUACAUAGCCAUUCCGCUAGGUCAGGCAGAAGCGAAUUUGAAGAAGUGAGGACCAGUUCCGACGACGAUGAACCUGAGUCCGGUCUACCUAAAGAUGGAGACAGCGAGCAAACUGGCAUGUUACAGAUGAGUGCUGCUGAAUACACUAUCGAAGGUCUCAGGAGAGAGGUCCGUCGAGGUGAUAGGCGGCACCAAUGGACCGAGUAUGAAUUAAAAUCCAAACUCAUCAAUAAGGCCAUUCAGGACAUAGGAAUGGGUCGGUAUAAUUGGCAGUUAUUUGUUUUGUGUGGGUUUGGUUGGUUUGCGGAUAAUUUAUGGAUGCAAGGCGUCUCAUUGACUCUCCCAUCUCUGUCCGGGGAGUUUGGUAUUUCGGAAAAGCAGGUCAGAUACACUACCAGUUCUCUCUUCCUCGGACUUUGCAUAGGGAGCUUUUUCUGGGGUAUCGGGGCCGAUAUUAUGGGCAGACGUAUCGCCUUUAACGUCACCCUACUAAUCACAAGCAUCUUUGGCAUCUGGGCGGCGUAUGCACCAAGUUGGGGGUGGGUUUGUAUUCUAUUUGCUUGUAUGGGCACCGGAGUUGGAGGCAAUCUGCCGGUAGAUGGAGCACUCUUCCUCGAGUUUUUGCCCGACUCUUCGAGUGCAUUAUUGACCCUCUUAUCUGUCUGGUGGCCAGUUGGUCAGCUUGUCUCAUCGAUCUUUGCCUGGUACUUUAUCACACGAUGGCCCGUUGAACAAGGAUGGCGCUAUUUCGUUAUGACGAUCGGACUAAUAACAUUCGCCAUGUUCCUUAUUCGAUUCGCUAUCUUCCGUCUGUUCGAGUCGCCAAAAUACUUAUUAUCUCAGGGGCGGCAAUCAGAAGCCGUUGCGGUUGUUCAUGGCAUUGCUUAUCGGAACGGGAAGAUGACCUGGCUGACUGAGGAGAUAUUAGACGCUGUUGCUGACAUGGAGGGUGCUGAACGGACCCCAGGAAGGGUUUCCACCACCAAUAUUAUCAAGGAAAACCUCACGUCUUUCUCGUUUGGUCGUAUACGGCCUCUUUUCCAGAGUCGCAAGCUUGGCACGGCAACUCUAUUGAUUUGGUUUUGUUGGAGUACCAUAGGUUUAGGUUAUCCACUGUUCAACGCAUUUCUUCCUCAAUACCUUUCGCACGGCGGCUCUGGCGCGCCAGUAACCGACGAGAGCAUGAUGGCAUACGAUGCCGCCUCGUCAGAAACGUACCGCAACUAUGCCAUAAUAUCUGUAGUUGGUGUGCCGGGAAGUCUACUCGCCGCGUAUACCGUCGAUCAUAAAUCACCAUUCCUCGGGCGGAAGGGGACCCUCGCCAUCUCCACGCUGGUGUCUGCCAUCUUCCUAUUCUUCUUUGUCAAAUUUGGCACAACACCCAACUCGCAACUCUUCUUUACCUGCGUCGAGGCUUUCUGCCAGAAUAUUAUGUAUGGUGUCUUAUAUGCUUUUUCGCCCGAGAUCUUCCCUGCACCCGUUAGAGGAGCCGGGACCGGUGUGGCUAGCUUCUUGAAUCGCGUGCUAGGAUUAAUCGCCCCGAUCAUUGCCGCUAACAUCCCCGGCGACGGUACUACGGCUCCGAUUUAUAUGUCCGCAAUUCUAAUCUUGGCCGCCUUUGUAGGGAUGGUAUUGAUUCCUAUUGAAACGAGAGGCAGGCAGAGGCUUUGAGUGUGGGACUUCGGACAUAUUCCUAAGAAGGUACCUACAAUACUACCCUACGUGUAUCAAUAGAACUUGUAUAAGGAUGGCAUGCUCACCUGAGUUGACAAUUCCAUCAUGGGUUAUUAGUUAAAUCACUAGCUUACAGUAGUUAUGAUAACAUAAGAAUGGCAGUAAAUCAAUCAUGUA